GUUUCACUGGGCUUUUGGGGUGGGCGGAGCUUCCCUAGUACUUCCAGGAAACAAAAGUGUAGUGAAAAAAAAUCCUCGUCCAAUUCUCUCGCUCAUAACCGGCUCGCACAAAAACGUCUCGUAACAAUAGACUCCAUUACGCAUAAUAAAAAGUAAUACCUCCGCCCGUUUGUGCGUAGAUGUUUUCUAGUCUAUACAAUUGUGUUUAACAGUUACUGCAAACGAAAACAUUGACAAAAUCUUAGAACAGUGACGCCUGGGCUGGGCUUAUCUUUACAACAAUGGCUUCGCUGGUUUAUUUUCUAUUAUCGUUGUUGUUGUCAGCGAUAGUCUCUGUUUACGGUCAAGCGAUUUAUCAAGGUAACACUGCCUUCGACGCAUUGGAUGGUUUAGGAUGUUCCCAGUUCAAGGCAAUCAUCCAAGAAGCGUAUCUGGAACAAACAUUUCAAAGUACUCAAGCCUUGACUCUUUUUGUUUUCAAUGACACAGCCUACUCUCUACUGCCUCCAUCCAGACUUCUAAGUUUGUAUGACAAGCAAUCAGCUAAUAAUUUGGGGGCGAAAGAGUAUGUCUACUCUUUUACAUUGCCAUUGGCCAUGGAGACAUCAGCAUUCAGUGAUUCAGCUCCAUUUACAACAUAUUCUGUUAGAAACAGGAAGGCUUUUCUAAACAAUAAAGAACUUCGUAUAGGGAAUGUUGCCAGUGGCAUACCUGGACCUACAAAAUACUUCAUCAAUGGCGCCAUGUUGAUAAAACCAAACAUUCAAGCUGGGAUGCAUAUUAUUCAUGUCAUUAAUCAAGUCCUGGACACGCCUUUGGAAGAUAAUGCCAUUGCCUAUGUGACAGGAUACAACCCUUCUAAAUUACAGUUUAUGUUUUAUACUGAAAUCAUGGAAAUUCUUCAGAGAUCAGCUCAAGAAGAUGGAGAGUACAAUUAUAACAGACAGGUUGUGGAGGUUCUGAAUAGUCCACAAGUGACUUUCUUCAUUCCAUCUGAUGAAGCACUCAACAUGAUCCCAGAGCAAAAACUGAGCGAACUACAAGGGAACUUGAGGAUGAUGCUAGAUAUUGUCACACUUCACAUCAUCCCAAACCAAGUCUUGUACACAUCAUUAGUCAAUCACAAUGAACGUUUCAAUACACAGUUCAAUUCAGGGGCUGUGGUCUUCAGGAAAAACUUUAAUAGAGAAGCAGUAUAUGUGACUGGUCAGCUUAAGGGAGGUCGUACUGUAACUGCUAAACUGAAUCCUGCCAACAUAACAGUGAUGAAUGGUGUGGUCCAUCAGAUUGAUAACAUUUUGGGAUUUGUUUACAAGACGGCUAUAGAGGAGAUCUCCAUUGAUCCUCUUACACAAAAUUUUGAGCAGCUGAUUUAUGCUGCCAGGAAAGAUCUUCAGGAUUCCUUGACAGCUACAAGUGGUGUGACAGUGUUUGCUCCAACCAAUGCAGCCAUGUUUUCUGUUACCAAUGUCUACCAAAAUUACAUAAACAAUCAAUCACUUAUUAAUAUGGUUUUAGAAAUGAGUCUUCUCCAACAAGGUCAAUAUUUCAACCUAAUGAAUUACAAUGGAGGCUAUGAGUCUUACAAAACAGCUGUGUCUAGAUACAAUGGUCGACUUAUCAAAGUCUACAGUGAAGGAAAUGACACCUGGGUUGAAGGAGGCUAUGUGAAGGCUCGUGUCCUCAAACCAGAUAUUGGAGUCACCAAUGGAGUUGUACAUCAGAUUGAUGCUGUCUUUGGUAUCCCAGUUCGUGACAUUCCAUAUACCAUCUUUUGUGAGGACUGGCUAGUGUCUACAUAUAUUCAACUUCAGUAUCUUGGACUAGACAAGUACAUGAGAGACCCAACUCUAACAAAAAAUUUAGAAUGCAUUUUUAGUGCCAGUGCUGCAGCUGGAAGCAAGCCGCCUUCCAGUGGCACUUGGAUCACUAAUCCCAAUAGCAAUACAAAUAACAAUAACUAUGUUGUACCUUGUGGUGAAGAUUUACUCAGAUGCGAGUUCACAUUUUUUGUGCCCAAUGGAACAGCUAUUGAAAACUUUGCACUGACUCCUUAUGGAAGACAAGUGAUGAAUGAACCUCAACGUUGGAGAUGGCUAAUGAGAAGAUUGAUGACUUACACAGAAAAGAUUUACAUUGACCAACUUGCAGUGGGAGCUCCAAGAAGUUUUUAUGCUGAUAAUGGAGAAGAACUAAUUGUGCAACUUGACUCUCGAAGUAAUAUUCCCAGUGGACAGAGAACUGCCUAUAUCAUGUUUCAAGGUAUCAGGGCUCAGGUAGUUCACUCUGACAUUGGUGCCACUAAUGGAGUUAUCCACAUCAUCAGUUCACUGCUGUUUGUACCAGAGGACUUGGCCCGAGAUGUAAGUGGGGCUUCAACAGUUAAUGUCACAUCUGUACCAGAGGACUUGGCCCGAAAUGUAAGUGGGGCUUCAAUAGUUAAUGUCUCAUUUGUACCAAAGGACUUUGCCCGAGAUAAAAGUGGGGCUUCAACAGUUAAUGUCUCAAUUUUAUAUAUUUUAAUCCUGACAUUAAUGGGUCUUAUUUAUUCUGUUACAUUUUUACAAUUAUAGUAAUUUUUUAUUAAAUAUUACUUCUGAUCUGUAGCUAAUACAUUGGUAAAAUCUACCACCUCAAAGUCUUUAUGUAAAUAAUAUUUUUUUUUAAUAAAAUUUUUUGUAAAAUUUUUGUUUCUUUGUUGUCUGUCUGGCAAAAAGUGUUUUUUUUUUAUUUAAUGAAGACAUAUUUAAGGGUUAGUGUAGAGGUCUAAUUCUCAAGACCAGUAGUUCUCCCAUUUUUAAACUUAAGGGACCACUUAAAUAUUUUGUGUCCAGGCUGUUGACCACUAUAAAAUUUAUUUUUUAGCUCUGUUUCACUUAUUGGGGGCAGCUUAAGAAAUAAUGUUAAGGUCUGUUUCAUGUCACUAAUAAAUUUCCAAUUAGCUUCGUCACAAGGCCAAUGCAUUAAUCUGCUUACUAAAGAUGGGAGUUCUUACAUUGCAAAGAUCUGUAUAUAGUUUAGAAGAGAAGGUAUAAGUGACAGUUGAAGACAUUUUAGAUUCCCUUAGACUAACAUUUUUCAUUUGGUUUUUAAUACCUGUGACCAAUAAUAGUGUGCCAAGCUUUUAAUUAAGUCUUUCAUUUUAAUUGUACAGUGUCUCAUUGCUUUGUAUGUUUCUUGUGUGUGAUGUUUUACAUAGGAAAGUUGUCAUCUAUGGGGGAGGUGAUGUUAAGGUCAUCUGUUUCUUUGACCAACGGUUAAAGAGCAGGGUGUCUGUGGCCAGCACAAUGAGUUACUCCUUUACUGCCCACAACUCUUCACUGAGAUUUGAAUCCAGGACCCCCAGAUUUGGAACCCUUAGCCCCUCGACCACCGCGUUCUGUGCUUUUGUACAUACUUUCUUUGAGUGUUCUUUGGUUUUGUAGUUUGUUUGUUGUUUUUUUGUUUAAAAAGAAAACCAAAUAAUGAUUUCCAAUGUCCAAUUGGAUCACAUUGAAUUGAAGAUGUUUUAGUUACUCUCACACUGUAUCAAACUGACUUGCAGAAAUGUGUUUUUAUUAUGUUAACCCUCACAUUCCAGUUGUAUCAAACUGACUUGCAGAAAUAUGUUUUUAUUAUGUUAACCCUCACAUUCCAGUUGUAUCAAACUGACUUGCAGAAAUGUGUUUUUAUUUUGUUAACCCUCACAUUUCAGUUGUAUUCAAGGUUCAAUUGUUUAUAUAUAUGACAAAAGACGUUGUUUUUUUAGUUUGAUGUAUAUUAUUAGUGUAGACUAGCGUUACAUUUUAUAUAUUUGUUUUUAAAGAAAACACUUUGUGUUAAAUUUCAAUUGGCCUUCAGGAAAGUAAUGUGCCACAUUCAAAGGGAUACAGUAGUAUCUAUUUAAAUGUUUGUGCAUUGUCAAAUAGCUGAUAAUAACAUUUUUUAGUAUUAUCUAGUUUAAAUAAUCUUUCUUAAUUUGGUUCGUCAAUUGCAUUAAAAUGAUGCUACUUUA